UUGAAACCACGCAUUCUCAAUUCAGACGGGUCCUCUUGCGUGUGUACAGGAAGAAAAUUACACACUUUAGGGCAUAAUAUAUACACGAAAAACUGGAACUUAAACAUCAUCCUUCAACGGCAUCUUUAAUUGUAUCAAGCCGACUCAGUCAUGUAUGAAGUCGAUACAGUAUCGUUGAGGCAACGCCAACCAAGAUCAAGAUGGCUGCUGACGCUUUGGGCUAUCUUGGUCAACUUGUUGUGCGUUUGUCCAUCGCAAAAUGAGCUGCUCCUUCGGACGGUUGCCUACCCUUAUCCAUUGAGUUUCAACAUCACACAAAUAAACGGUUCAUCCAUGACCAAUGUAUUGUCAACCACUGACAACUUUUACCGCACUCUAACUUUGCACGAUGGGAAACUUUUCGUUGGCGGGAGAUCUCAGCUGUUCUCAGUCUCAACGGAAAAUCUCUCGCUUGAUAAUGACACUGUGACUGGUUUUCCCGAUUCGACGAAUCAUGUUAAUAAUUACGUCACAGUUAUUCAACCAAUCGGAGCUAACCUGUUGGAGUGCGGAACCCACGCCGUGUCUAAUAGCGGGAGACCGUAUUGCGUGAUACGUUCGGCUCAAAAUUUGUCAGAUGCAGGAAGCCUGACGGAACAAAACACGGAUGCGUUCAUCACAGGUUUCACCUUCGAUCAAAACACCAGCCUACUCGUAGAUGGCAUAGAUGGACCUAAUUUUCAUGUAUAUACAGGUAGCAAACUGGAUGUGAAUGAACCACACUUAGCAAAAGUACUCUUCCAAGUAGGCGAAAAUGGACUGGACUUCACCAUUUCAAAAACCUUGGAUUCCACUAAUGACAACUCAUAUUUGGAUGAGCCACAGUUUGUAGGCGAACCGAUUGACUACAAUGGAAGAAUUUACUUUUUCUUUCGUGAGUAUGCGGUGGAGCACAUAAAUGGUGGUAGAAUUGUGUUUUCAAGAGUUGCAAGAGUUUGCAAGAACGAAACCGGAGGCAAAUCUUUCACUAACUUCGAGUAUAAAUUCGUCACGUUUGGAAAGGCUCGCCUCACUUGCUAUGUAGCGGGCACCUAUGAGUUUUACUACAACGAUAUCCAGGAUGUAUACCAGUCAAACACUGAUGCAAACGUGGUAUAUGCCAUUUUCACAGCUGAACGUGGUGUACAGAGCUCUGCCCUGUGCGCAUAUCGUCUCGACGAAUUAGACGAACUUUUCUUCAGCAGUCAGUACCGAGCUCCGAGAGAUGGGCAGUUUGGAAACCUAUGGGCUCCAGUGCCAGUGUCAGAUGAACCUUUUACGUCAAGAGAGCAACACUGUCCAUCGGUGGACACUCAAACGUAUUCAACAAUGGAGCUCUUAAACAUCAAGACAUUCACUUUAUUAUUGGAUGAGGUGGCUGAUAAUAAACUUCACUAUGAGAGCAAGGGAUCGGCGUUGAGUAACCCCCUUCUCAUCUCGACAGAAGAACGCUUCUCUCAGAUCAUUGUUGACAACUCGAAUUGUACCGACUCGAUAGAUGUAUUUUAUGUUGGAACAGAGAACGGAACUGUGCUGAAGGCAUAUCUGAAUGAAGAUCGGUCCGAAGCUUUGGUUGUAGAAGAGAUCAGUUUAAACACCGAUGGAGUCAAGCCUGUCCUCACAAUGGUAAAGAGUGACACGGAACAAGCCGUGUUUGUUGGGACCGACUCCAGGGUGUACAAAAUACCCUUCGUGCAUUGCUGUGACUACAUCCUCAGAAAUCUGUCUGAUGCCGGAGAUCCAUACUGCAAAUCAAUAGUGACGGGUGACUGGCAGCAAGAUUUGUCAAGUUGCUCUGGGGAAACCAUGUUUGAAACGAUCACAAUUCACAAGGCACCAUCAGAUCUUACCCGUGCAACUAAUAUUACCAACCAGCCUGUUCGCGCGUUCCUCACCGCCGAAGCAGGGAGAAACCUUCGAUUCGUCGGUUUGGACUGCGUGAGUUGUUCAACCAUGCAGCUAUACACAAACUUGUCCAAGUCAGUUUCCGCUGACGGAACCGAGUUUCUGUUCGUAACCAUCGAUGCCUCAGCUUCAAAUGAAUCGAUGAAGUACUCCAUCAGUGUCGCGCUUGAUAAUGGUGUUGUUGAAACAAGAAGCUUUGCAGUGGCUAUAGAUCGAUCAGCUAAAUUCAAUGCGACAGAGGGAGAAUUAAAGGAAAUUGCAUGCUUCGACGACAAUGUUGCUUCGUACCAGUUUCGUCGGGACGAAUGGCUGAAAAAAGUAGGUGAGGCGUGUGAGCUGGAGAAUGUGGGCAUAUGUACAGAGGGAGAUGCUAACUGUCCAUAAUUAAUAUAAUUAAUUAUACUUUAUUCAUAUAUAUUGCUCAAACUUUUCUUGUUUGUUUUUGUUUGGCUAUACAGUUGGUUAUUCUUUAAAAGAAAAGUAUACCUUUAUUUUUUGGAAC